GUUGCUGCCUGCUGCGACCGAGAAGAGUUCCGCCGUCCGGCCGGCUCAGCCCCCGCUCUCCGGCGGGGAGGCGGGCCUGCUCGGGGGAAAGCGAGAGGCGGGCCGCCGAGGCAGGAAGGGCUGUGGCUGGAGCCGAGACCGUGCCAGGGGGGCAGGGCCGCGGGGUCGAGCCAGGCCCGGAGUCGACCUCGGGAGGGGAGAGGAGCUGAUUGUCCAGCCACGGGAGCCGGCACCGGCCGGGCCAGGUCCGGAGCCAUGGCAGUGUGGAUCCAAGCGCAGCAGCUGCAGGGGGAUGCCCUGCGGCAGAUGCAAGCCCUUUACGGACAACACUUUCCCAUUGAGGUCCGCCAUUACCUUUCACAGUGGAUAGAGAGCCAACCAUGGGACUCCAUUGACAUGGACAACCCCCAGGAGGGCACCAAAGCCACACAGCUGCUAGAGGGGCUGAUCCAAGAGUUGCAGAAGAAGGCAGACCACCAGGUGGGCGAGGACGGCUUCCUUCUGAAGAUCAAGCUAGGCCACUAUGCCACUCAGCUGCAGAACACAUACGAGCGUUGCCCUAUGGAGCUGGUUCGCUGUAUCCGACACAUCCUCUAUCAUGAGCAGCGCCUGGUGCGAGAGGCUACAGAUAGCCUCUCCCAAGUUAGCAGUCCAGCCGACGCCCUCUCCCAGAAGCACCUGCAGAUCAACCAGACGUUUGAGGAGCUGCGCUUGGUCACUCAGGAUACUGAGAGCCAGCUGAAAAAGCUUCAACAGACACAGGAAUACUUCAUUAUUCAGUACCAAGAGAGCCUUCGCCUACAAGCCCAGUUUACUCAACUUUCUCAGCUGAGCCCCCAGGAGCGCAUGUCCCGGGAGCCCACUUUGCAGCAGAAAAAGGCAUCGUUGGAAACGUGGUUGCACCGCGAGGCCCAGACGCUACAGCAGUAUCGAGUGGAGCUGGCUGAAAAGCACCAACAGACCCUGACCCUGCUCCGCAAACAGCAGACGAUUAUCCUUGAUGAUGAGCUGAUCCAGUGGAAAAGGCGGCAGCAGCUAGCGGGGAACGGGGGCCCCCCUGAGGGCCCUUUAGAUGGCCUGCAAGCUUGGUGUGAGAAGCUGGCUGAGAUCAUCUGCCAAAACCGGCAGCAAGUGCGCCGUGCCGAACACCUGUGCCAACAGCUACCCAUUCCAGGUCCUAUUGAGGAGAUGCUGGCAGAGCUCAACAGCACAAUCACUGACAUCAUUUCUGCCCUGGUCACUAGCACUUUCAUUAUUGAAAAGCAGCCUCCCCAGGUGCUGAAAACCCAAACCAAGUUUGCAGCCACCGUUCGGCUUCUGGUCGGUGGGAAGUUAAAUGUGCACAUGAACCCCCCUCAAGUGAAGGCUACCAUCAUCAGCGAGCAGCAGGCCAAAGCCCUGCUCAAGAACGAGAGCACCCGCAACGAGAGCAGCGGCGAUAUCUUGAACAACUGCUGCGUAAUGGAAUAUCACCAAGCGACUGGAACGCUGAGUGCCCACUUCCGGAACAUGUCACUGAAGCGGAUUAAACGUUCAGACCGGCGCGGCGCAGAGUCGGUGACGGAGGAGAAGUUCACCAUCCUCUUUGAGUCCCAGUUCAGCGUUGGCGGCAAUGAGCUGGUCUUCCAGGUGAAGACCCUGUCCCUCCCCGUCGUGGUGAUCGUGCACGGCAGCCAAGAUAAUAACGCUACCGCCACGGUGCUGUGGGACAACGCGUUUGCCGAGCCAGGCCGUGUGCCCUUCGCCGUGCCAGACAAGGUCAUGUGGUCCCAGCUGUGCGAGGCCCUCAACAUGAAGUUCAAGGCCGAAGUCCAGAGCAGCCGAGGGCUCACCAAGGACAACCUCCUCUUCCUGGCCCAGAAGCUCUUCAACAGCAACAUUAACCACCUCGAGGAGUACAACAGCAUGGGCGUCUCCUGGGCCCAGUUCAAUCGAGAGAAUCUUCCGGGGCGAAAUUACACAUUCUGGCAGUGGUUUGACGGGGUGAUGGAAGUCCUGAAGAAACACUUGAAGCCGCAUUGGAACGACGGGGCAAUCCUAGGUUUUGUCAAUAAACAGCAGGCCCACGAUUUGUUGAUCAAUAAGCCAAAUGGGACCUUCCUGUUAAGAUUUAGUGACUCUGAAAUUGGGGGCAUCACAAUCGCCUGGAAGUUUGAUAAUGCUGAAAGGAUGUUCUGGAACCUUAUGCCCUUCACCACGCGUGACUUCUCCAUCCGCUCCCUGGCAGACCGCCUAGGAGACCUCACUUACCUCCAGUUUGUGUACCCUGAACGUCCCAAGGAAGAGGUCUUCUCCAAAUACUAUACACCAGUCCUCGCAAAGGCCGUGGAUGGAUACGUGAAGCCACAAAUCAAGCAAAUUGUGCCAGAAUUUCUAACCACUUUUGGAGACUCCUCAAGUGGAGGGCCCACUUUCAUGGAACAAGCUCCAUCCCCAGCUGUCGGCUCCUCCUCCCACUACAACUUAUAUCCACAGAACCAUGACCCCAUACUGGAUACCGAAGGGGAGUAUGAUCUAGAAGACUCGAUGGACGUGGCACGACAUGUGGAGGAACUUCUGAGGCGCCCCAUUGACAGCCAGUGGAUCUCACAUGCGCAGUCAUGACCUUUCCCCUCCUCCCCUGGAGAGACCAUACAGAGACUGUGAAACACGGGGUAGGCGGGGCACUUCCAAUUGGGAGCAAAGCCACCGCAGGGAGAGCAUUACCUCGCCCCAUGGGGGGGGCAGGCUCGGCCUGCUCUGUCUGAGGGAGCGUCUGAAGGUCGAGUGGAUGUCAUCUCUCCACUCGCCUAUGUACAAAAAGCAGUGAAGUGUAUUGCUUGGUUUUCCCAUCUGCUCUUCUGAGAAGCCUUCCCCUCGGGCCUUCUGCUUCAGCACACCACAAGCUACUGCCAAGCUACUGUUUUUUGACGUACAUUUGUGUUGAGAAUCAUUUUCUCCCCUCCUAUGCCUAGAAUUUCAACACACUGCCAUACUUUACCCAGAAGCCUUUGGGGAGGGGAGGGGCCGAGCUGUGCAAGAGAUGUAGGCUUUAUUUGAAGUAUAUUUUUUUGUGGUAAACUUUUCUUCCGUGUCUGAUGUUUCUUUUUUUCCCCUCAGCUGCACCCAGGAUAAACAGUGUGUGUUGCCCACAUACCGCUUGUGUUUCCUGCACGCAAGCGCUUGUGUGGUGUGUGCAGAAGUCACUGACUCUGUGAGAGACCUGCUUUUAGUUGGUUACUGUAGACAUGCCUGGUUGUCCCAGAUCAUCUGGAGUGACAGCCCCACCCCAAGUUCUCUUUUGUUGUCAUCCCCAUAUCUCUCUUGCUUUGCCUUGUCACAAAAUAAUGGCUAGCCUCUUAACCCCUGACGCUGGCAACUCUGGCUUUUGUUGUUAUCCAACGUUUCACUCCCUAGUAAGCCCAAGUUCCACAAAUUGAGAGGGAGGUGGUUUUUUCUUUCUUGUCUCUCUUUAAAAAAAAACACAAGUACCAUUUGAAAGUCAAGUUCAAAACUCCAAUCUGAAAUAAUGUUUCUCUUGUGUGAGGCUGGGGUGGCUCCAGCAAUCAGUUCCAGAGUUUCCUUGCUAGGUUUAAAAGGAACAGGGUGGGUGCUUUGGGCGCAGAAGUAGAGCAGACAAAUCCUGCCAGGUUUGCUUGUCUUCUCUUUCUCUCUUUCUCACUCUGGCCGGAAAAGAACUGCUCCCUCCAAUCAUUAUUUUUAUACUUGCCAGUCAAUAAAGUUCAGACUAUUUUAACACAAAACAGUGGGUUUCUCUCUCACACACACAUACAUAUAUGUAUUUGUUCAGCUGAGUGCUCCGUCCUUCAGCCCAACCUGCGUUGUGUUUUGUAGGGGUGUGUGUUUGUGUGUGUCAGAAAACAGAUAUGCGGCAACCUAUUCCACCACUGAUCCCGACGAGUUGUAGCAUUCAGUUUUCCUGCUCCAGUCCAGUGGGGGGAUACAUGGGAGUUCAAGAGGUAGUUUUUGAAUCUGUCUGUACUAUUUGCACCCGCCGCAAUCUAACAGUGAAGCUUUGGAGUCCAGAUUCCUGUCUGCAAAGCAGUGGAGACUGAAUAGUGAGGAGACGCAGUGCUAAGGCCAAACUUUUCCUGACACACACCCACGCAUGGUGCCUCUGCCACUUCGUGUGGCGUGAUGCUGUGAUUUAGACAGUGUGUCCCUUUCUGCUGCCAUCCUAAUCAAGGAUCAGGCCUCGGUUAUGUUGUGCGUCAUCUUCCCUUUUUGAAGAGUGUUCUUUUAUAGCUGUUAUUACACAGGGGUGCGAUCAAUGUCCCUGGAUGCCAAGGCCAUGCCUGCUCUUUGCCCUUCAAAACCUCCCUGCCGAAGAAUUAGUUCCCACUAGCUUGUUGUUCAUUGAAGAAGAGUUUGGAUUUAUACCCCUUUUUUCUCAACCAUGAGGAGUUUCAAACAGGCUUACUAAAUCCGCCCCUUCCUCUCCUCACAACGGAGAGCUUGUGAGAUUGGUGUGGCUGAAAGAGUUCUCAGAAAACUCUGGCACAAGGUAGCCCAGCAGGCUUCUUAUGGAGGAUGGGGAAGUCACACCCAGUUUUCCAGAUCAGAGUCUGCCUCUCAUGUGGAGAAGUGGGGAAUCAAACCUGGUUCUCCAGAUUGGAGUCCACAGCUCUUAACCACAAGAUCAGUCAACCUCAAACAAGACAGGGGAUGGCUGAACACUCUUUGCAGUAACCUAAAGUAUGACAAGCACUCAGGAAAUUCCGCCUCUGUCGCCCAGGUCCAGGAAAGCGAGAGGAGAUGGUCUUGUGUAAACAAGGACUAGUUGCCAGGGGCAGGGGAUUUGUUGAGGCCUACAGAUCAGCCCUCCUCUGUCUAUGAAGGUUUUGUCCUGCCAUUCCUCCCAAGGAGUUUAGAGACCUGUACAUGGUUUUCCCUUUCCUAUUUUACCAUCACUGUAAUCCUGUGACGUGUCUUAGGCUAUGAGAAUAAGUGGCCCCAAGGUCACAGGUUAGGUUUUGGGCCAGCGCAUGGAUCAAGGGUGAUCUGUCAGUAACAAAACCGUGAGACUCAAAGUAAAGUUUAUUCUGCUGUGAGGAGAGAAUAAGUGUGUUAUAAUCUCUGGGGGGAGUCUGAAAUCAGACAAAUUCUGCUGCAGGAACAUCAAAUUUCUGCCCAGACUCAGCCUGGGAUGGAAACAGAGUUUUGAAUGCCUGUCACAGACUAGAACGUGGUGGCAUCAUUUUGCAAAGCACUGCAUGUUCACCAGGGAAAUACCCUUUGGCGGUCCUGUCAAUAUGGACGGGGUUGAUGUAAAGGAACAACUCUUUCAUUCAUAAUCGUGCACAAGAGAUCCGUCAUGAAUUAUGCCUAUGCCACUGGGGCAGGGAUCAUGAUCAAAACACUGCAGAUAUUGCACUAUUUUAGCCAAAACAUAUUGCCAAAACUAUUAACGAGUUUCCAUGGUAUAUUAAAACUUAAGUUUUCUACUGAAAUACAAUAGCUUUUUUAUGGAGCAAAAUAUAUUUUUUGUCCUUAAUUUGGAAAAAGAGAGAACCACCGGGGACAGAAUGUACAAACAGUGUUUAGAUUUUCUUUAGAACAAAAGAGAAGAAAACUUGGUUUUGAUGAAACAGUAAUGAGUUGGAAGAUGUCUGUACACAAUAAAAUAUUGUCUGCAUUUUUUAAAAUAAAUAACCACCCCCCUG